AUGCUCCGUGUUGUGUCAAGGAAAAUUUGUACUACUAUUGUCCGACGUUGCCGUGGGGGUUCCGUCUUAGAGGAGAUAUUUGCAGAGCUUGCUGCUUGCGAUGUAGCCCAACGGAGCGCGCAACCCACGCCACAAGUUGAUUUCGCUCGGAGGGAGAAAUGCAGAGGUGAUUUUAACUCCGGAGCAGGCAAAUGCAAUGCCGUUACAUCUCCUGGGCGAUCUCCGGAAUCUGAAGAUAGGGACAUUCGGGCGGAAACAUCAAAGCAGAAACAUCUCCAGCGCCAACUGCAGGAGGUGUGGGACCGAGUAGCGAUGGCGAAGGUGGAAGAAGAGAAGGAGGAAGGGGUGCGGCGUCGCUCCCGUUACGUAGUUUCACCUCCUGCCAUUCUACAUCACUCAACAGCAGAGCUUGUCCAAGAGAACUCUCCGCAGCAUUUCGUUCCUGCGGAGGAUUCUUCAGGGAAACUUUCAGCCCUUCCCCAUGUAGAGUCACCAGGCAGUGUUGCGGUCGUCACGCUUGUGGGGCGGGUUCUUUCAGCGGUUGGAUCACACGGCAGUAGUGAAACCUCGAGGGAUGACCGAGAUCUGUUGACAGACGAAGACGAAUUACACGCACGCUUUCUAGUCGAGUACAAUGUGCCGUUCCGUACGUUGAAGCCCGUUGUUGUUCAAGUGCGCUGCUAUGGCGCCACCUUGCUGUCUUUCGCUGAACGUUACGUGAAGAAAGGUGAUGUGGUGCAUGUGUUGGGGCAUGUACUGCCUCUGGAGGUGCGUUCUCCUGAAGACCCUGUGCUUUGUGUUUGUGCGCUUCCAUUUGGGGGUAACGUUUCCGUUGUGCUGGGGACUGAGUGUGUCGCCGAGUAG